UAUAAAACUGGUGACAAGAUACAUGGAUACACUGUUCAAGAGAUAGUAGAUAUUCCUGAGUUAUAUUUAACUGCUAUCAAACUACAUCAUGAUAAAACAGGGGCCAGACAUUUACAUGCUGCUAGAGAGGAUGAUAAUAAUCUAUUUAGUGUUGGUUUUCGUACAACACCAAUGGACAGUACAGGAGUUCCACACAUUCUAGAACAUACAACUUUGUGCGGGUCACAGAAAUUCCCUGUUCGAGAUCCAUUCUUUAAAAUGCUGAGCCGUUCCUUAGCAACUUUCAUGAAUGCUAUGACAGCUGAUGACUGGACAAUCUAUCCUUUCUCUAGUCAGAAUUACCAAGACUUUCAGAAUCUGCUGUCAAUAUAUCUUGAUGCUGUGUUUUAUCCCAAACUUAGAGAGUUAGACUUCUGCCAAGAAGGUUGGAGGUUAGAACAUGAAGACCCUAAAGAUCCUAAGUCACCUAUUAUAUUUAAAGGUGUGGUUUAUAAUGAAAUGAAAGGUGUUUUUGUAAGUAAACCUGUCUACCUCUAUCAGCCUAGAGUAAUACUACCUCUAUAUAUAAGAUAUAAAAUUUAUAUUCUCCAACAAGUGUAUAAUUAUAUUCAUCAGUUGGCCUUACCAGUUGCUAUAACUAAAGAAUAG